GGGGCCGCUUUACGUCCGGGGCGGCUUGGCGCACUAAAAGCGCCGCUGACGCCUCCCCGCUCCACUGUGUCGGUCCCGCCGCUCGCUUAGGUUUGCAUCGCCGGCCCCGCCACCCCCACCGCCGCCACCAUGCCCAUGUUCGCCAUCCACACCAACGUCUGCAAGGACGCCGUGCCCGACAGCCUGUUGGGCGACCUCACCCAGCAGCUGGCCAAGGCCACCGGCAAGCCCGCGCAGUACAUAGCUGUGCACAUCAUACCUGACCAGAUGAUGUCCUUUGGUGGCUCCACUGAUCCCUGCGCGCUCUGCAGCCUCUACAGCAUCGGCAAAAUAGGAGGGCAGCAGAACAAGACUUACACCAAGAUGCUGUGUGAUCUGAUCUCGAAGCACUUGCACGUAUCUGCAGACAGGGUCUACAUCAACUACUUCGACAUGAAUGCUGCCAACGUGGGCUGGAACGGCUCCACCUUUGCAUAGAGCUUUCCCUUCUGUCUGAAGAGGCUGUUCCUGGAGCUCCCCUCACCCUGCCCUGUAGCAGAGACCGCAGCACAAAUGGCCCCAUGUUGCACUUUGUGCACUCUCACAGAUUGAUGUCUCCUUGCUAGUGUGUUUAAAUAUUGCUGCUUCAACAUUCCUCUGUUUUCUCUGUGUAGAAAACAAAUAAAGAUUUAGAAGUAAGC